UCGAAUUAAAGUGCGGCAUGUGUAGUAACAUGAAAAAUGUUUUGAGAAGUUAAAUUAAAAUGAGCUAAAUAUAUUUAAUUUUUAAUUAUAAAUUAAACCGAACGUAAUGUUUAUCUUUUAAAAAUAUAUGUAAUUUUACUUUCUGUAACUUGCAAAUUAAUCCAUUAAUUACUUUAUAAUUGAAAUGUUUUGAAUAAAAUGUCAAAAUCUCUGCUUUGUAAAUUGUUACAAAAACGAACGUACGAUAUCCUUUCUCAGAAAAGAUAUUUAGUGCUAUGUUUCGUUGGAUUCGUUUUAUUAUCUGUUUCUGCAUUUCGGUUCGGAGAGACUGUAUUAGAAUGGAGUAAAGAAAAAUAUGCUGCUGUAUUCAAUUCUUUUAGUGAUAAUAUUGCAGGAAGGAGUUUCCAGAAUAUGUUAUGUCAGUACGUUCCAAUUGAUGUUGUGUAUACUUGGGUGAAUGGAACAGAUCCACAGCUAAUAGCACAAUUAAUGCAUAUAAAGCAAAAAUAUGAUGUGGAAUUAAACCAGUCAAGCUUUGAACACUGUACAUUUUCGUACUGUGUAACGUCACAUAUGGUACUUGUAGAACCGGCUUUAUCAAAAUCAAUUUCUUUAUCAGAUUUAGAAGAAGCAGAUGAAGCAUUAGGAAAUGUAUCAAGAAUUUUUGUUGUAAAUUCUGUUAUAAAAGAUGUGACAAAUAAUAUAACAGUUUUGGUUUUCUCUGAUUUUGAAUCAGCUCAGAAUGCUAUUAAAAAACAAUAUUUUACAAUUAAUGGUCACAAUCAUACUAUUCAAACUGCUUAUAUAACUGAAGAUUGGAUGGCUCAAAACACUGUUCUUUUAAAUGAUGUUAUCAUGAUGACAGGUGUACAUUCAAGAUAUAACGAAGUUGAUGUUUUAUCAAAAUUGCCAAAGACUAUUACAAAACAUAUUCAAAAAAUUUAUUUAUAUAAAGAGAAAAGUCUAGCUGUUGUAACAGUUUUGAACAAAGAAGCUCAAGACAAAGUUCUUCAAUUUGAACAUAAUAUAACAAUAGAUGGAAAAGCAAUUAAAUUAAGUGCCGCAAACCUUGUUGUGCAGUUUCCCACAGUAAAUAAAAAAUUUAUUUAAUCUUUUAAUUGAAUUAUGAUCAAUAAUUACUUAUUAAAUACAGUCAAACCUGUCUAUAACAGAACCUGUAUAUAGCAAAAACUGUCAUUAAUGGAAAAUUUCUUCAGGUCUUUAAAUUUUUUGCAAAAAUUAAUUUAAAUUAACCUGUAUAUAGUGGAACCUGUCUAAUGUGGAAACAGAAAGGAAAAUUGGGCUGUAUAACAGAAAAAUUGGUAUCUUUAGCCAAUUUAACAAUAAGUUUACAAGCGUAGAAUGUAUAAUUUGUAAAAACGUCAAAAAAUAUAGAUACAUAAUAUAGAAUAGCAAAAUAUAACUAUUGUAUUACAGUAACUUUAUUGGGAUUUGAACAGAAAGUUUUUGUGUAUUUUUAUUAACAGCUGUUUUUACUUAACAUAAGAAUUGUGGCAAGGAUUCAUAUUCAUAUAGCAGCAUUUUAAAAUAAUUAUUUAUUGAUUUUUCCAAAGCAUUGAGUAAAGAAAUAGUAUUGUAGAUAUUUAAAGUAUGGUUAGGGUACAAAAAUUAAUUCUAACCUUUAAAGGUGUGUAGAUAGGGAGGUGGUCACUUACUGGAUCUGAAAAGUGAUUCUUCUCCAGUGAAGGAAUACUUCGGUCAUUUAAUGCUGAUAAAGUAAUAUGGGUUAUUUCAUUUCUGAGCACAGAAUUCAAAAUCUGUGAAUGUUGUUUCAUACUAAGGUAUGAGUGAAUGACCAAAAAACCUACCUGUACCAGUAAAUGACCAUGGUUCAAAGUUAUGUAGUCAUUCAUUGCUGCAAAUUAAAAUGGUUUGAGAUGAAUAAUUAAAGAUAUUUGAAUUUAUUUUUGUUCAGAUAAAUUCAAAAUGGCAGAUGAAAUAAAUAAAAAGAAAA